UCUAUCAUAAAACAAUUAGAACUAUACUGGAUAAUUUUUGCAAAAACAUUUUUUGUUCAGUUAAUGUUUUUUGUUUAUAUCCUUAAUAUUCCCAAAAUGAUUCCUAAUUGUGUUAGUUCAUCAUUGGUGUUUUUUGUUGUUGCCUUUUGUUAUGGUUAGAUGUCAGAGAUUGAGUAUGAUUUUAAUUUAAUUGAUUUUAAUGGUUUAUUUUGGGUGUUUGAUAUUUUAGAUUCUGUAAAUUUGAAAACGUGUCUAAAUUGCACUCAAAUAUAACGUUUUGUGACCUUUGGCUAGCUUGAAUGACUAUUUCCCUAGACACUUUGCCAAACAAAAAUAGAUGCAUAGGAAAUGCGUUCUGUAGUUCCCCAAAUGCAUAGGAAUGUUUAGUCUUGAUCGUGUGUUUCUCCCGGAGCAAUGUCUUAGGCGAACUUUAUAAAAACAGGUUGUGAUAUUUUCCUGAGUAGAAGCUCUUUAGUGAACUAACGAAUUAUGUCAAUGUAACUUUCGUAUGGUAGUGUGUGAAACACACCGUUAAUUAUCGAAACAAAUUAUAUUUGUAUAGUUUGUUGCUAGACUUUUGUUUCCUGAAAUCCACGGGUCUCACUUUGCGGUAGGUCAUGGCGGGUAGGAACAACAUUUCCCUUGCUCCUCUAUGUUGCCACGUGUCCACCCGGGGCGUCUUCAUUACGCCGAUUCUGAUGCAAAACGUUUAUUAAACGGAAGGAAACGGGACUGGACCUACCCGAAUGUGUCCAAUAUAAACACUCGUUCUAGCUGUAAAACGUUUUACAACAGUUUGGACUAAUUAUUACACCCCUGCUAGACAGCUCGCUAGUCAUUAGCCAGCGUCAAGCGAAAGCUUUGCCAAUGUAACAAGAAAAUUGACACGGAAUGUCAGUAACCAAAGGCAUAUUGUGACAUUUCGAGGAUAAAUAUGACAAGAAUAUCAGUUGGACAUCGAAAUCCGACUGCAAAGGAGAGAGCCAGGAAGAAUGGAGAAAUUCGAUUGUAGAAUCACGACAACAACAUUCUCUGUUUCAUGAGUAACUAACUUCUGUGCAACCUUGAAGCUGUUGUCAUUUGCAACUUUGAAAAUGAUGUAUUCAUCAAGAAGAAAACCAGUCCUCUAUUUCAAAGAAGACAGAAGGUAAAAAAGAUAACGGUAUUCGGUAUCUCUAAUGUUAACAAUGAGAGAUUAUCCAAUCCUAGACUGAUUAGGCUUGAUGAGGGAACAUAUUUAUGUAUUUCAAGACAUUAGCAAACUAGUAAAAUGUGUCAUUUUUAUCUACUAGUGAGGCCUAUGUGAAUCAUAAAAAUACACUACUACUGUAGGUACACUAGGUGGGUGCCUAAAUCUCUAUUACAUUGGGCCACUAGCCUAUUUCUCAAAAACGUUUGAGAAUGCAGCCGGUGUAAAUGGAUUGCAGUCAGGUGUUGAAGAUGGUUAAAAUAUUUCACAUAAUUUCUUGGUAUUGUUCAACCUCAAAGAAAUGAGACACCAAAAGUACCUCGUCCAGAAGAGCGUAAUCAGUGAGUAGUUGACUACAAUAGAAGUGUGUUGCUCUCAGAUUUUGUUGUGUGAAAUAAUGUUGGUGCAUUGAUUUUAGUUUGUUUGCUGGUAAAAUUGCAUGAUAGUAUUUUAAAUCAGCCAUUCCUUAUAAUCUAGACGUAGCCAAUGCAUACAGUGUGUAUGGGUUUGGUUGUGCAAGCGUUUUAAUGUACAAUACUAAUGCCUAACUGAGUUAUUGAAACAUUUGAACUAUUAGCUGUUUCCCAAUGGCAAUGUGAUGUGUCUUUCAGCUACUUAACCGCUCACUUUUACAUGCAUGGCACUUGAUCCAUUUGUGGUUAAGGAGUGCAUCAUAGCAUUGAUUGACUUCACUACAUUGCUCAAUAUGAGACUUGCUAUUACUUUCAGAUUCUGGUCUGGGAAAUGCACAGUCUACAAACUAUUUGGUCUGUGUGUGGUGCUGGUACUGGGCUCCCUCCUGUGGCUCCAACUCAGCUGUACAGGAGACAUGAGCCGGGUUGUAGUGGAUGACAGACGCCUCCUCCAUCAGCCCUGUCCCCUGGAGAGACAGGCAUCCGCUGCGGACGACCCUUCCUGGGGUCCUCACAAGCUGGCCCUCCUGAUACCUUUCAGGGAGAGGUUUGAGGAGCUGCUGGUGUUUGUCCCCUUCAUGCACACCUUCUUGAACAACAAGAAAAUACUGCAUAAGAUCUUCGUAAUCAACCAGAUGGAUCACUAUCGGUUCAACAGAGCCUCUCUCAUUAACGUUGGUUACACGGAGAGUGGUAACGACACUGAUUACAUCGCCAUGCAUGAUGUGGACUUGUUACCUCUGAAUGAAGCUCUGGACUAUGGUUUCCCAGAGGAGGGCCCUUUCCACGUGGCCUCACCAGAACUGCACCCCCUGUAUCACUACAAGACAUACGUGGGAGGAAUCCUGCUGCUCACCAAACAGCAUUAUCACAUGUGCAACGGUAUGUCCAACCGGUUCUGGGGAUGGGGGAGAGAAGACGAUGAAUUCUACAGGAGACUAAGAAUUGCUGGAUUACAGCUCUUCAGGCCCAGUGGGAUAAAAACAGGGUAUAAAACCUUUCACCACAUCCAUGACCCUGCCUGGAGGAAGAGAGACCAGAAGAGAGUGGCCGCACAGAAACAGGAACAAUUCAAGGUUGACUCUGAGGGCGGGCUGACUAACUUGCAGUACAAGUUGGAGUCGAGACAGGAGCUGACUAUUAGUGGAGCCCCUGUCACUGUCCUCAACACCAAACUGGAGUGUGACACGGGCAAGACUCCCUGGUGUCUGUUGAACUAAGAUGGCCCCCGUGAUAGACCUAUGCUGCCUCUCAUCUGGGUUAUGUUCAUUAUCCACCAAACGGAAUAAAACAGACUAAAACAGGGAGUGACUACCUGAGCUUCUCCAAUGAGAAACACUUGUUUUUGUGUGCCCUAAUGACUAUGACCCCGGUGCUACAGAGGGGUGCUGUUAACCCCUGCUUGCUGUGCUACUUCGGGACAGUUUCUGGUCCUGAGGACAUUGCUAAAACAAAUAACCGCACCAGGAGACAUGGGUACCAUAUUCUGGCCGGUCCAGAGAAGAGCCUUUGACCUUUGAACUCAGCAACGCCUUCCCUCAUUGGAGAGAUGGAAUGUAUUUAUAAACUAACUAAAUUGUGUUGUCCUUUAGAUUUGCAGCGUAGCCGUCUGACUUGCAUUCAGAACUGUGAGUGACUGGAUCUCAUGCAGGCCUAACUUCAGGGUCUUUAAACUACAGACACUUUGCCAAUAGUAUCUGUUUAUCUAGGGACCGACCAGGACCAACCCUGCUUAGCUUCAGAGGCCAACCAGCAGUGGGAUGUAGGGUGGUCUGCUGCUGGGUGUGGACCAUUUUCAUUUUUCAGGAAUCCCUUUUCUGUCCUUCAGUUGAAGUCUGCUAUACUGUCUGGCUUAAUGUCUUAUCAUCAGAGUUAGUUUACUAUGAAAGGGUUUUCUUUCUGACAUUGUAAUGCACCGGAUUGGCAUGCCACCUCCAUGCUACAUAGUGCUGUAUUCUCAUCCGGUAUCCAUUGUGACCCAUCAUGUACUCAACUAGUAGUGAGUUGAGUAUCAGAGAGCCAUUUUGGGUUUGAUGUUGAUGGUAAAUCAGCUUUUAAGGUUUACAGUUGAGCUUUAGAAAGUUUUCAGAGAACGACUAGAUAUUAUGAAAGUAUGUUUAGGUAAAUUAUGGUAUGUUUAGGUAAUGUCAAGCAUAUGUUACAACAGUUUGGCCAUAUACCAUACUGCUGUCAUGUCAAGCGUACAGUUGAAGUCGGAAGUUUACAGGUCACAGUUGUAAUUGAGAACAAGAUCUCAACUAGCCUACCUGGUUAAAUAAAGGUGAAAUAAAAUAAAACAUUCACCUUGGCCAAAUACAUUUAAACUCAGUUUUUCACAAUUCCUGACAUUCAAUACCAGUAAAAAUGCCCUGUCUUAGGUCAGUUAGGAUCACCACUUUAUUUUAAGAAUGUGAAAUGUCAGAAUAAUAGUAGAGAGAGUGAUUUAUUUCAGCUUUUAUUUCUUUCAUCACAUUCCCAGUGGGUCAGAAGUUUACAUGCACUCAAUUUGUAUUUGGCAGCAUUGCCUUUAAGUUAUUUAACUUGGGUCAAACGUUUUGGGUAGCCUUCCACAAGCUUCCCACAAUAAGUUGGGUGAAUUUUGGCCCAUUCCUCCUGACAGAGCUGGGGUAACUGAGUCAGGUAUGUAGGCCUCCUUGCUCGCACACGCUUUUUCAGUUCUGCCCACAUUUUCUAUGGGAUUGAGUUCAGGGCUUUGUGAUGGCCACUCCAAUACCUUGACUUUGUUGUCCUUAAGCCUUUUUGCCACAACUUUGGAAGAAUGCUUGGGGUAAUUGUCCAUAUGGAAGACCCAUUUACGACCAAGCUUUAACUUCCUGACUGAUGUCUUGAGAUAUUGCUUCAAAAUAUCCACAUCAUUUUCCUUCCUCAUGAAUGCCAUCUAUUUUGUGAAGUGCACCAGUCCCUCUUGCAUCAAAGCACCCCCACAACAUGAUGCUGCCAACCCUGUGCUUCACAGUUGGGAUGGUGUUCUUCGGCUUGCAAGCCUCCCCCUUUUUCCUCCAAACAUAACAAUGGUUAUUAUGGCCAAACAGUUCUAAUUUUGUUUCAUCAGACCAGAGGACAUUUCUCCAAAAAGUACGACCUUUGUCCACAUGUGCAGUUGCAAACCAUAGUCUGGCUUUUAUAUAGAGGUUUUGGAGCAGUGGCUUCUUCCUUGCUGAGCGGCCUUUCAGGUUAUGUCGAUAUAGGACUUGUUUUACUGUGGAUAUAGAUACUUUUGUACCCGUUUCCUCCAGCAUCUUCACAAGGUCCUUUGCUGUUGUUCUGGGAUUGAUUUGCACUUUUCGCACCAAAGUACGUUUAUUUCUAGGAGACAGAACGCAUCUCCUUCCUGAGUGGUAUGACAGCUGUGUGGUCCCAUGGUGUUUAUACUUGCGUAGUAUUGUUUGUACAGAUGAACGUGGUACCUUCAGGCAUUUGGAAAUUGCUCUCAAGGAUGAACCAGACUUGUGGAGGUCUACAAUGUUUUUUCUGAGGUCUUGGCUGAUUUUCUUUUGAUUUUCCCAUGAUGUCAAGCAAAGAGGGACUGAGUUUGAAGGUAGGCCUUGAAAUACAUCCACAGGUACACCUCCAAUUCACUCAAAUGAUGUCAAUUAGCCUAUCAGAAGCUUCUAAAGCCAUGACAUCAUUUUCUGGAAUUUUCCAAGUUGUUUAAAGGAGCAGACAACUUUAGUGUAUAUAAACUUCUGACCCACUAGAAUUGUGAUGCAGUGAAUUAUAAGUGAAAUAAUGUCUGUAAACAAUUGUUGGAAAAAUGACUUGUCAUGCACAAGGUAGAUGUCCUAACCGACUUGCCAAAACCAUAGUUUGUUAACAAGAAAUUUGUGGAGUGGUUUAAAAAUUAGUCUUAAGUACUCCAACCUAAGUGUAUGUAAACUUCCGACUUCAACUGUAUUAUACUGCUGUAAUGUCAAGCGUUUUGCCAUAUCAUACUGCUGUAAUGUAUUUUUGAAUGAUUAGACAAGUCAAUGGUACCGAAAAAUGUAUUUGUACAAUAUUCAGUAUUUAUAUAAAGUUAUGACUCAACCACGGGAAAAACA